AGAGAGAGAAAAAAAACAUAUACGGUAUAUGAUAAUUUUUAUAAACAUAAACAUCAAAUAACAUGAAUGUGUUUUUUUAUUCUUCACGUCCGGAAUGAAUUGAAAUUUAAAGCAAACUACGUGCGACCAUCAUAUUGUUCACGCUCUAUGAUUCAAAUAUAACUUAUGGGUUAAAUUAAACACUUCAUUAUCCGGUUUCAUAGGAGAGUACAACUGGUGCGCCAAUAGGGCUUGUAGUGGUCGAAAAAUGACAAAAUUGUCGAUUUCCGAGCCAGCCAAACAGACGAACACGCGCUGUUUGCUAAUAGUGUUUCUUGUCGGAUGUAUUGCUGCAUUUGUUAUCGGCAUUCUGAUUGGUCGGUUUGCAACAUGCCCGGAUGAAGAACCAGAAGAGGUCCCCCGUGGGAUAUAUCUUCCCGGCGUCGCAGAGAAUUUGGUGAAAGAUGGAGACCCCGACAUAAGCGACGAACUGAUCAAGAAUAUUAACACUGAAAAUAUCCGACAAAAUUUGAGGAUGCUGACGGAUAAACCGCAUUUAGCUGGAACGGAACAGAAUCAUGAGCUUGCCAGAAAACUCAAGGAACAUUGGGAUAAUGUUGGUCUGGACCAGGCGACCUUGACCCCGUACAAUGUCAUGUUGUCCUAUCCGAACAUGAGUGACCUGAAUUAUGUGGAAAUUCUAGAUGAAAAUAAUCAGACGAUAUAUAAAUCAAAUUUGAGAGAACCAACUCUUACUCCAGAAGAAAACAAAACUGGCAUUGUUCCGCCGUUUAAUGCUUAUUCGGCUCCCGGGGACAUUUAUGGAACGCUUGUUUAUGUGAACUAUGCAAGAGUUGAGGACUUUGAGUAUCUAGAGAAAAACAAAAGCAUCAACAUUACAGGGAAAAUAGCGUUUGCAAGAUACGGGAAAAUCUUCAGAGGAGACAAGGUAAAGGAAGCGACACGCAGAGGUGCCAUCGGUAUAAUUUUAUUCAGUGAUCCUGAUGACGUCACAGAUGGUGACAUAACAAACGUUUAUCCAAAGGACUGGUGGCUUCCGGAGACUGGUACCCAGCGAGGAGUCAUUUAUAUCGCCAAAGGAGACCCGUUAACGCCCGGGUACCCAGCAACUGAAAACGCCUAUCGUGAGCUUCCGCCAGACAUGCCUAAAAUUCCUUGUCAUCCAAUUGGAUAUGGCAUCGCCAUUAAACUUAUGAGGGAGCUUGUAGGCCAAGAAGUUCCGGAAGACUGGCGCGGAGGUAUGAACGUUACUUACAGAUUUGGCGAUGGCUUUUUAAAACGCCUAAAUGGUAUGCAAGCACACAUCAAAGUAACUACAAGCAACAAGAUGGUGACAGCUUAUAAUGUGAUAGGAGUCAUCCGGGGAUCUAUAGAGCCAGAUCGCUACGUGCUGAUUGGUAACCAUAGAGACGCGUGGGUGUUCGGUGCUCUUGACCCGUCUAGCGGUACAGCUGUCAUGAUGGAAGUGUCACGUGUGAUGGGACAGCUCGUUAAGUCUGGGAAAUGGCGACCUCGCCGGUCUAUAAUGUUUUGUAGUUGGGGAGCGGAAGAAUACGGACUGAUAGGUUCCACGGAAUGGGUUGAGCACUACGUGAAGAAUCUUGGAGCACGUGCAAUCGGGUAUCUGAAUGUAGAUGUCGCUGUGUGGGGAAACUUUUCUCUGAACGCGGAAGGGACUCCACAAUUGUAUCAUUCUUUGCUAAAAGCUACUAAAAAGAUUCCUAACCCAAACAGUGACGAAAUAGCGGCAGGACGAAAGACUAUCUAUGACACGUGGUAUAAUGUGUCUCCGGACCCAAAAUUUGGACGACCAAAAAUCAAUAUACCAGGGUCCGGAAGUGACUAUGCUCCAUUCAGAGACAGACUGGGCCUUCCGAUUAUCGAUCUCCAUUUUAAAUACAAUAAAAAAUUGAAAGUUUCAAUUUAUCCAAUGUACCAUACGGCAUAUGAGACAUUUUAUCUUGUUGAUAAAAUAAUGGAUCGUGGAUUUAAGUAUCACACGGCGCUAAGUCAGUUAUUGAGUGAAAUGGCGAGAGACUUGGCUGAUAGUUUGAUACUACCCUUCAAUGUUUCCGACUACUCGGCUGUCAUGGCAGAUCUUGGACAAACAUUGAUAACAAAAUAUGGUCAACAACUGAAUGACCACGGUCUAAAUACAUCACUCCUAGAAUCAGCUAUAAACAACUUUACAAAUGCUGCAGACGACUUCCAGAAUAGCAUGAAGAAUGCAAACUUAAAAGACCCAUUUGUUGCCCGUCGUAUUAACGACCAACUAAUGCAGCUUGACAGAGCGUUUAUGGACCCUGCUGGUCUGCCAGGGCGUGAAUUUAAAAGACAAAUCUUAUUCGCGGAAAGUUCUGUAAAUGCGUACUCUGGAAGCAGCUUUCCGGGAAUUACUGACGCUUUGGAAGAAAUCAAUAUCGGACGUGAUGUGGAUAAACAGUGGACAAUCGUCAAGAAACAUUUUUCUGUAGUUUUAUUUACAAUUCAGUCUGCAUCUACUACUAUAAUGGACGUCACAAAUUUUAUGUUUAAUUAUUAAUUAUAAAUCUUAAUAUAUUUCAUAGGAACUUUAUAUAUUUUAUAUACUUGCAUCACAUACAUGAAUGUAAUAAUUAUUAGACUUAGACUUGUGUAAUAUAAAUAGUUUUUAGUAUGAUAAAAAAUAUAUUUUGAAACUUAUUGUCAAAAUGUGAAUUUAUAUAUUUAUAUAUAUAUUUAUAUAUAUUUUAUUGUUAUCCAUUCUUGUAGUAUACAUGUACAUAGAUCUAUAUAUUUCAUA